GGAAAAGCAGAACAAUAAUUUCAAGGCUGGAGGAAGCUUGAGCUAGUAAGAGAUUCAGCAGAUCAUGGCUAAUGAAGAUGAACCCAAAAACCACCUCUUGGGCAUAAGAAAUCUCUCUCAUAAGACUCUCCUUCAGAGCGAUGCACUCUAUCAGUACAUACUUGAAACCAGUGUUUAUCCAAGAGAGCACGAAUGCUUGAAGGAGCUCCGCGAGAUGACAGAAAAACACCCUUGGAACUUAAUGGCUACACCACCAGACGAAGGACAAUUUCUGAGCAUGCUUAUUAAGCUCAUUAAUGCCAAGAACACCUUGGAAAUUGGUGUGUACACCGGUUACUCUCUUCUUUCCACUGCCCUAGCUCUUCCCCAAGAUGGAAAGAUCUUGGCUUUGGACUUGAACCGCGAAUUCUAUGAAUUGGGUUUGCCCAUCAUUGAAAGAGCUGGUGUGGCUCACAAGAUCGACUUCAGAGAAGGACCUGCUCUUCCUUUUCUUGACGAGCUGCUUAAAGAUGAAAGUAAGAAGGGGCAGUUCGAUUUUGUUUUCGUGGAUGCUGAUAAGAACAAUUACUUGAACUAUCACAAGAGAGUAAUUGAUCUGGUGAAGGUGGGAGGUCUGAUCGGAUACGACAACACCCUAUGGGCUGGAUCUGUGGCUGCGCCUCCUGACGCACCGAUGAUGGAUUACGUUAAACCUCUUCGCGGCUAUGUGAUGGAGUUCAACAAGUACCUGUCACAAGAUACAAGGAUUGAGAUUUGCCAGCUCCCCGUGGGUGAUGGGAUUACCCUGUGCCGCCGCAUCAUCUGAUCAUUUAAUUUUUCUCUACUGAUUCAUUACUCAAUCAGGUUGCGUGAAGAUUGCAGAAUCCAGAAUCGGUUGUUUGGGUGUCCAUGGAAACAAUUCAAAUCAAUGGUGGAACCUGUAAUAAUAAGCUUUGGAACAGUUGCGAAAUAAUGAUUUUAAUAAUGGGCUAAAUAAUGUUAAGUUA